UGCAAGAAGAUAUUUUGCCUUUUUUUGAGCUAGACAGUGAAGUGACAAAUGCAAUGUUUAACGAGACUUGAUAAAAUUCCACAGACAACGGAAUUCGUGUUAGAUUCUGCGAACUCAAAAUAAGAAAAACAACUGAAUCAACGCAAAAGGUGAUGAUCAUAUAAUUGAGCCCAAUGUGCCCAUUCUUAGUAGAGUAUAACACCAGACAGGUCAGACGUCAUCAAUAAUGAUAAGAAGAGGUUUGUUGGGGUCUAUUCCUAGAUUGAACAGGUCAAUUCCCCGAGUUGCAAAAUCAAGAAUUAUACUUUUCCAUACCACCCCACCGCGAUUCCUUAAUCCAUUAUUGCCAUUCGAUGUUCUUGAAGAGGUUCAGAACGAUGAAUUAGAAGAGGAGAACAAGAAGUUGACUAAGCAGAAGAAGAAGCUUAUUCGAGAAAAGAAGAAAGUUGAGCAGAAGAAUGAAGAUAAGGAAAAAGAGGAUCAAGAAUUCCAAAGCAAAGAAGAUACGAUUCCAUUGAAGAAGGCCGUUGCUACCACGGACGCAAAGCCUGUGGACACCCGAGACGAGUAUGUUGGGGUCAAAGAGGCAGCCAAGGCCCGGGUCAGAUCUCAGCGUGAUGAAGUAGGUGAUAACAACAACAACAACAACAACAAUAAUAAUAAUACUAAUAAUAACAAUAAUAAUAACAACAAUGAUAAUGAUGCUGACAAGAAGAAGGAGGAAGAGAAGAAGGAGCAAGAAAAGAAUGAAGAAGAGAAGAAGAGAAAGGAGGAGGAAGAAAGAAAAAAGGAAGAAGAGAAACAGGAAGAGGAAUAUGAAGAAGAACACGAAGACACAUUUCAGGAUAAAUUGAAAGAGACUAUAUCUAAGUUCAAUCGAUUUUUAUUCAAAUGUCUUGAGACUAUUGGGAUAACAUUUUCAUCGGUUGCAAUAUUAGGGGUAGCUGGGAUCUUGUAUCAUAAGUUUUAUAAUCAGCAUGUAUUGGAUAAGAUUGACGAAGCAUUUGAGAAAGGAGAUCCUGCGUAUCAAUUAGCCAUCCAUAAGAGGACCUAUGUUCAUGAGGAUGAAAACAUUAGUAAGUAUUGGGUGCAAAGACCACAACAGGAAUUAUUGGAUGAUAUAGUUAGCGGGAAAAUCAGUGGACGCUACUAUUUGAUGGUUGGAGAGAAGGGAACCGGUAAAACCACCUUAUUAUUAGAAAGCAUGAAACGAAUUGAUGGACAGAAUGUAGCUAUAUUUGAUGCCCAUGCUGAUCCUGAGAUUUUCAGAAUAAGGUUAGGGAAAGCUUUAAAUUUUGCAUAUAGUGAAGAUUAUAUUGGGUCAUUAUUUAGUAUACGAGGACCCAGAGAUACUACUGCAUUACUAGAUAUUGAAAGGGCCUUUAGUAAGUUAGAGGAGUUGGCAAUUAAGAGAAAGAUGGAUGUUGGUAAGAAUUCGCGACCAUUAGUGAUGAUAAUUAACAAUAGUCAUUUAAUCAAAGAGAAUGAAGAAGGAAUCAAGUUAAUUGAGUUGUUACAACAAAAAGCCGAAAGCCUCAGUGGAUCCGGGUUGGUUACUAUGAUCUUCAAUAGUGAUGAUUAUUGGGUUUACGAAAAAUUGAAAAGAUUAGGAACAAGAUUAGAAUUAAUCAACGUACGAGAUUUUAAUCGGGGAGAAACCUUGAAAGCGCUCAAGUUUAUAAGGGAGAAGUUUUUCCCAUCGACCCAAUUCCCGCAAUUGAAAUUGAGUGAUGAUCAAUGUAAUCAGAUUUACAAUUUGAUUGGGGGCCGUCCGCAGCACAUUAGUCAAGUGGCUCGCCACAAGGAUAUUAUUCGGGCCAGCCACGAGAUCAUUGAUCGGGAGAAAACCUGGCUAUUGAACCAAUGUGGAUUGUUGGGGUCUAAUAUGGAUGAUGAUGUUAUGGAAAGUGGUAAGUUCAGUAGUAGUUGUAUGUUAUUAAUGCGAGAAUUUGUUGAAAUGGAUAGACAACGGGCCAAUUCUUUAAUCAUUAAUCAAAAUGAGGGUAAUGAACUAAAUCAUCAUUUACCCGAGUUACCAUUAUGGAGAGCAAGACAAAUCAUGACCCGGGCUGAUUAUAUUCAACAAUACGAUAACUUAAACAUCUUUACUUUAGAUAGCGAACUGAGAGUCCGGGCCGAUAGUGUCCCCAUGAUGAGAGCGUUUCAUGAGAUUGCCCUGCAACCCCAUUUCGACGAGUUAUUACAAGACACCAUCGAACGAGUGGCGGAUAUCGAAAGCUUAGCAAGAACUCGAGAAAUCGUGGCUAAAGAUUUAAAUUUAGGUAGUAAAUAUCAAAUCACCAAAAAGGAUAAUUGGACUAUUGACAUGAAAAAACUGCAGAAAUCAGUGGACUUACACGGACUCCCCGACGAAGAAGCCGACUACAAUACCACCCAGGAAGAGGACCACGACGACGAGCUUUUCAUGGAGGAUAUCCACCGGAAAGAUAUCAAGAAGUGGUGGAAAAAACGUAUGGGAAGAGAAUAGUGUUGAUGGGUGCAGCCGGAUAAAUGUACGGAUGUAUAUUUCUAGAGAAAAUACGAUAAAUACGAGUAGGCUAUGUCAGUAGAGUUUAAUACGAUAGAUUGUUUUAGCCAGGUAUCAGAAUACCCGAAGAUUUUGUUCCCUGAUGGUCCCCACAGCCAACAGCGACUGCCACACCUACCCAGCGAUGGAGAAAACAAGGAGUUCCCGAGUAAUAGCGUAAGACGAUGAAAUUCGAUCACCGUUAAUAGACUACAUUGCCCCUUUGAGGUUGAUUCAGGUACAAACAGGGUGUACGUUCCGUAUUCUUUUUUUUUUCCUGCCUUUUUUCCUGC